GGGGUUUGGUUGCUGCAAAUUCUUGUUUGGAUCUGCGGCAGCUAAACCACAAGGUAAAAUUCAUAAUCUUGUUCUUACUUUGAUUCGGUUUUACGUUAAUGUCUAAUCAUUUCUUUUGUUUUUCUUAUUCAUUGAUUGGUUAUGAUUAUGAUUCCAAUUCCGUGCUUGUUGUAGAAUUCUGUUUUUGAUCAUGAUUAGGAUUUGAUUUUAGUUUUUAAAUUUGCAGAAUUCUGAAAUAGGGAGAAAUUGGUCGGGGAGUCCAAUUUUGAUUAUAAGUGAGUAAAUUUGGGAGAUUUUUUUUUUUAGUCGAAUUGAGCUGGUGGUGAUCGAAUGAGUGAAAAUUUGUGAAUUGGGAAAUAGAUUUGGUGAGGAAUUUAAGAUGGAGAGCAUUUUGACAAUGGUGGAGAUGGGGAGUCAAGUAGGAAGCCAGUCGUUACUCAGUACAAUCAAGAUUGCAGUAUUGCCAAUAGCAAAGGUUUUUACGGUUUGUUCUUUGGGUCUUCUUAUGGCUUCCAAGUAUGUUAACAUCUUGCCGGCUAAUGGGAGGAAGCUCUUGAAUGGGCUGGUUUUCUCGCUUUUGCUUCCGUGCUUGAUAUUCUCCCAGCUCGGACAAGCUAUCACCUGGGAGAAAAUGCUCGAGUGGUGGUUUAUUCCUGCGAAUGUAGUUCUUGGUAGUAUAUCAGGCUCAAUUAUAGGUUAUAUAACCGCAUCCAUUGUUCGUCCACCAUACCCAUACUUCAAGUUCACAAUUGUACAGAUUGGAAUAGGAAACAUUGGGAAUGUGCCACUUGUUCUGAUUGCCGCUCUAUGUAGAGACACAUCCAACCCUUUCGGUGACACAUGUAGUACAAAUGGGACUGCCUAUAUUUCGUUUGGCCAGUGGGUUGGUGCAAUCAUCCUUUACACUUACGUAUUUCAUAUGUUGGCCCCUCCUCCAGAGGGUACCUUUGACAUUGAUGAGGAAACUCUCCCAAUCAAGAGCCCUAGUGAUGGAGACACGACUGGACAAGUUCCUUUGCUUACACAUGACGAACAAGAAGAAGAGGAAGAGCAAAAACAUGAAGAAGUUGUAGAAACCAACACAAAUUCUUCAAAGAAAUCUAAGAUUAUAGAGAUCUUGAUUUUUUUGUAUGAGAAGUUGAACCUCAAACAACUUCUUCAUCCCCCUAUAAUAGCUUCUGUCCUAGCCAUGUUCCUUGGCGCAAUACCAUUCUUAAAAAAACAGAUCUUUGAAUCUGGCGGUCCACUUUUCUUCUUCACUGACAGCUGCACUAUCCUUGGGGAUGCCAUGAUUCCAUGCAUUCUUUUGGCAUUAGGCGGCAACCUUAUCAAUGGCCCAGGGAGUUCCAAACUUGGUUUUCGAACAACAGCCGCUAUUAUUUUUGCACGGUUGGUCUUGGUCCCCCCGGCAGGACUUGGGAUUGUAACGUUGGCCGAUAAGCUUGGUUUCCUUCCUGAUGGUGAUAAGAUGUUUCGUUUUGUCCUACUGCUCCAGCACACAAUGCCAACAUCUGUUCUUGCUGGUGCUGUUGCAAAUUUAAGAGGCUGUGGAAGGGAGGCCGCCGCUGUCUUGUUCUGGGUUCAUAUAUUUGCGGUGUUUUCCAUGGCUGGGUGGAUUGUUCUUUACCUCAACAUACUAUUUUAAAAACAUCUGAAAUCGAAAGUGGUUGCUGGCGCCACACUUGCUCAUCUCUCUCUGCCUUCUGCUAUUGAUUUUUUGGCCUAUCAAUGUUAAUAGCUAAUAGUACAAGUUAAGCUUGGAAAUUCAUUCAUGUAUUGGAAAAGAGGUGUCAAGCUGUUUCACCGUGAACUGAGAGGCGCACCGGUGAAUGGUGUUGCAGGCAGCUGCCUUUGCAUCCAAGAAUAUAUAGGUCUGUAGAAGGUCAGUUGUCUUCUUCAUUAGGAGGUGCCUGUAAAUGUUUACCAUCUCCAAGGAUUAACAGGGUACGACUGUUAGCUAUAUUACUCCCUACACCUAGUUGUAAAGUGGAAGCAAUUAUUUAUUAUCUUAAUAGGAGGUCUCCUGCCCCUUCUUCCUCUUAUCGUUUUUGCAUCUUGCUUGUCCCGUUUCCCUUCAUUUUCGAACUAAUAUAGAAGCAGAAGCGGUUUUGUUCUC